ACGGUAGCGUUUUGUGUCGCUGAUCAGAUUUCAUAAACCGUGACCAAUUUCUCCUGCUCGCCGAUCAGAUCUCCGACGAAGUUUUUAUUAAGAGGGGGAAGAAGAUGGAUCAAGGAAGGCAAGUGUUUUCAGUUGAUCUUCUCGAGAGAAAUGCCACAAAGAAUCGUGGCAUGAUUACAUGUAUGGCUGCUGGGAAUGAUGUAAUUGUUCUUGGAACAAGUAAAGGAUGGAUUAUCCGCCAUGAUUUCGGACUUGCGGGUUCUUCUGAAAUUGAUCUCGCUGUUGGUCGGACUGGGGAGCAAUCGAUUCACAAGGUUUUUGUUGAUCCUGGUGGUAGUCAUUGCAUUGCUACAGUGACUGGUGUUGGAGGAGCUGAAACUUUUUAUACUCAUGCAAAGUGGCUUAAGCCGCGUGUGUUGAGCCGUUUGAAAGGUUUGGUGGUUAACGCUGUGGCUUGGAAUAGACAACAGAUAACAGAAGUUUCUACUAAGGAGAUCAUUGUGGGCACUCAGGAUGGGCAGCUGUUUGAGAUGGCCGUGGAUGAGAAGGACAAGAGAGAGAAGUACAUCAAGUUUUUGUUUGAACUAGAAGAACUUCCCGAAGCCUUCAAGGCUUUGCAGAUGGAAACGGCCAACAUAAGCAGUGGGAUGAGGUACUAUGUGAUGGCUGUAACACCUACUCGACUCUACUCGUUUACAGGGAUUGGAACAUUAGAAUCUGUUUUUGCUAGUUAUAAAGAACGUGCAGUCCAUUUUAUGGAACUUCCUGGUGAAAUACCAAACAGUGAGCUACAUUUCUAUAUAAAGCAACGAAGAGCGGUGCAUUUUGCAUGGCUUUCAGGAACAGGAAUUUAUCAUGGUGGCCUAAAUUUUGGAGCUCAGCACAGUUAUCCAAAUGGUGAUGAGAACUUUGUGGAGAACAAAGCACUCUUGGACUACUCAAAACUGAGUGAUGGCACUGAAGCAGUCAAGCCUGGUUCGAUGGCACUCUCUGAAUAUCAUUUCUUGCUUCUUAUUGGGAAUAAGGUUAAGGUUGUGAAUCGCAUAAGUGAACAAAUCAUUGAAGAGCUCCAGUUUGAUAUAACGUCAGAUUCAGUUGUGAGGGGCAUAAUUGGACUUUGCAGUGAUGCCUCUGCUGGCGUUUUCUAUGCAUAUGAUCAAAAUUCGAUAUUCCAGGUUUCUGUGAUUGACGAAGGCCGAGAUAUGUGGAAGGUUUACCUGGACUUGAAAGUCUAUGCUGCAGCUUUAGCAAACUGUCGUGACCCUCUCCAGAGAGACCAAGUUUAUUUAGUUCAGGCAGAAGCUGCAUUCACCGAGAAGGAAUAUCUGCGAGCAGCAUCAUUCUACGCGAAAGUCAAUUAUGUAAUAUCUUUUGAGGAGGUCACUUUGAAGUUUAUUAGUAUAAACGAACCAGAAGCUUUAAGAACAUUCUUGUUGCAUAAGCUUGAUAAUCUUUCAAAGGAGGAUAAAUGCCAAAUUACGAUGAUAUCAACAUGGGCAACUGAGCUGUAUCUGGACAAGAUAAAUCGGCUGCUUUUGGAAGAUGACACUGCUAUAGAAAAUCGCGACUCGGAGUAUCACUCAGUCAUUCAAGAAUUCCGUGCUUUCAUGAGCGAUUGCAAGGAUGUAUUGGAUGAGGCAACCACAAUGAAACUUCUGGAAAGUUAUGGUCGGGUUGAGGAAUUGGUAUAUUUUGCAAACUUGAAGGAGCAGUAUGAAAUUGUAGUUCACCAUUAUAUUCAGCAAGGUGAAGCAAAGAAAGCAUUGGAAGUGCUCCAAAAAUCUUCAGUUUCAGUUGAACUUCAGUAUAAAUUUGCUCCAGAACUUAUUAUGCUUGAUGCAUAUGAAACCGUGGAAGCAUGGAUGGCCAACAAAAAUCUUAAUCCAAGGAGAUUAAUUACUGCAAUGAUGCGUUACUCUAGUGAACCUCAUGCAAAGAACGAGACACAUGAAGUCAUCAAAUAUCUUGAGUUUUGCGUCCACCGUCUGCAUAACGAGGAUCCAGGGAUUCACAAUCUGCUUCUCUCAUUAUAUGCCAAGCAGGAAGAUGACAGUGCCCUCCUCCGUUUUCUGCAAUGCAAAUUUGGGAAAGGACGGGAGAACGGUCCCGAAUUUUUCUACGAUCCCAAAUAUGCGUUGCGCCUAUGUCUCAAGGAAAAGAGAACCCGUGCCUGUGUCCAUAUAUACAGCAUGAUGUCUAUGCAUGAAGAGGCAGUAGCCCUUGCUCUUCAGAUUGAUCCAGAACUUGCUAUGGCUGAGGCUGAUAAGGUUGAAGAUGAUGAAGACUUGAGAAAGAAGCUGUGGCUGAUGGUUGCAAAGCAUGUUGUCAAGCAGGAAAAGGGAGCUAAAAGGGAAAACAUAAGGAAAGCUAUUGCCUUUCUCAAGGAAACUGAUGGCCUUCUAAAGAUUGAAGAUAUUUUGCCUUUCUUUCCGGACUUUGCCUUAAUUGAUGACUUCAAGGAAGCGAUUUGCUCAUCUCUCGAGGAUUACAACAAGCAAAUAGAACAAUUGAAAGAGGAGAUGAAUGAUGCCACACGUGGUGCAGAUAACAUUAGAAAUGAUAUUAGUGCGCUAACUCAAAGAUAUGCUGUAAUUGACCGCGACGAGGAAUGCGGGGUUUGUAAACGUAAAAUCUUGAUGAUGACCGGGGAUUUCAGAAUGGCCCAGGGACAUUCUUCAGCGGGACCAUUGGCUCCUUUUUAUGUCUUUCCUUGUGGGCACUCUUUCCAUGCACAGUGCCUGAUCACACACGUCACAAGCUGUGCACAUGAAGAACAAGCCGAGCACAUACUCGAUCUGCAGAAGCAGCUCACAUUGCUUGGUAGCGAAACCCGGAGGGAUAUAAAUGGUAAUCGAUCUGAUGAACCCAUAACUAGCACAACUACUGCAGACAAGCUUCGAUCAGAGCUAGAUGAUGCUAUUGCCAGCGAAUGCCCGUUCUGUGGAGAAUUAAUGAUCAAUGAGAUCACUCUACCUUUUAUUAAACAAGAGGAUUCACAGCAUUCUACUUCAUGGGACCUCCGACCAGCACAGACCAACUUAGCAAACCAGAGGACCAUUUCUUUGCCUGUUUGAUUCAUGUCACACUGUGAUUUCCUUUUUGUGUGAUCUCUUCUUCAGCUUAGCUUUGGAGUGUGAAUGGGAUUUUGAGUGCUGUAGUAUUGAUGUAAUAUUAUUAUUAAACAUGCUUCUGGAGA